AUGCGUCUGCACAUACUCGCUUUACUACUGAUGCUUAUCAUCUGCAUCUCAAGCGUCGAUGCCAUCUCCACCACCACCAACAAAGACACACAAAUUCAGCCCAGACGAUUUUUGAGAAGUGCCCCCAAGGCUCCCGACAACGACAGAAGCGCCAGCUCCCCGAAGCCCUUGAAGGUGAAUUCUGGUUCCAAGCUGAAAAAUAAGUUGGAGCGCGUUAGCGUUCCUGCGAUUACAAUGGAGAACGAGAUGUGGAACAAAAUCCUGACUCCCAUGUUCAAGGAGUUCUACCGCAAAGAGAUCCACCCAAAGCGAGUGUCCAAGUUCUUGGCAACGGUAAAACCUCGUGAAGCUAGAGACAACAUCGGCGAGCUGUACAAGUCCUGGUACAACAUUCGUGCUGCGAACAGGAGAUAA